UAUAUGACUACAAUACAUCAAUCGAGUAUGAUCCAUUAUGUUUACAGUGACAAAUCAAUUAAGAAAUUCGAAUCUAUGUAAUAAGACAGAAUUAUCAAUUUUUAUUAAUCAGAAAAUUCAUUACUUAUUAUCAGUAACACAUUUGACAUAUAAUAUAUCUCAGUUUUAAAGUAAAUUAUUUUGUUAUUUUUAGCUAAGUUAAAAAAUAAGAAAUUCAAUUUUUUUCAACUUUUCAUAUCUUUCACAAGGGACAAUACAUUAUUAAUAUCCCUUUUGAAAGUUCUUAAUAUAAAUCCAGAGACAUUAUAAAUUUAAUAAUAAUUAUUUUAGAUGAAUUUCAAUAAUAGAUCAAAAUAUCAAUCAUCCAUUAUUAAAUGUCAGUAUUCUCAGGAUUUGGUUCAUCUAGUACUAUCUAUCAAGAUGAAGUAACAAACAUUGUAUCAAAAUUCAAACUUAUUUUAGUAUGAUUCGUAAUUUAAAACUAAUUGGAAAGAAUUGAUUAAAUAUGAGACUAUAGAAGAUCAUAUAUAUGUUAUUUAUGGAACUUAACAUUAUUAUAUAAGACCUUAUUAAUUCUCAUAAGAUAGGUACGAGGUUAUUAAACUGAAUACUUUAACAAAGGAGAUUGGUAUCAAAAAUAGGAUUGUCAAACUUAAACUUCAUAGUUAUAAUCUAUUAAUUUAAACAUACAAUUAUAUAACAGAUACAAAUUAAUUCUAUUAUCUUAAUUUAUCUACAGUGUAAUAUAAUCGAGAUUAGUAGUAAUAAAUAUGUAAUUUAUUAUUUUUUAAUUUUUAGAGUUCUUAAAACUUGAAGAUUUCAGAUAAUACAUUCAUAAAAAUGCCAUACUUGAUUUUAUCAUUUUGAAUCAAAAAUUUUAUUCAGAAAUUAUGCUACUUCUUCAAUCAGGAGAUAUUGUCAUUGGAUAAUUGUAGUAUCCUUUAUAUUAACAAAUCUUGGAAUGGGCUUUUGGAUCAGAGGCUAACCUUGAUGACAUAGGAAGCAUUCACAAAUCCAAAAUUUCGAUGUUGAUAAUAGUAGCUUUAAUAAUUUUGAAGUUUGGUCAUUAUAUGUAUAAUUUUAUUUGA